GAACUGGCAGGAACUGGAAGCGGGGGAAAUUCGAGAAGGUUUCUUCCCCAUGGCCCAGGGACCCCUACCCAAAUGGAGACCCAGGCCGCGGAGCAGGCACCACCUCACCAUCCUUCUAGAGCACAACUACAGCAAACUUCCGCGCCGCCGUGCAGGACCGCAGCCAGCAAUACAGGCACCAGCCCCUCCUCGUCAGCGCUGCCGGCGCUAGAGAAAGCCAACAGGCUAAAGCCGAGCCCCCCCGGUGUGACGGUGAAUCCGGUUUCAGGCUCCCCGUACGCUGACAAAGAAGAAAAAGCACGUUCUGCUCCGGCAGGGCCGAGCCAGGCCUGCGGGGCGCCAGUGGUCAGGGACGGAGCAGCCGGCGUCACGGUGGCCCCAGCAGGUACCAGCACGAACGUCCCGAAGGCAGCGCCUGCGGCCUCAGGAGGGACCAGCUUAGAGGCUUCUAAAAGCAAAUCUCCUGCCCCUCUGGUGUCUUCACUGACAGGCGCGAGCUCAGAAGGGCAGGCUGGGGCUGUGGCCGCGUCUGCCGCGUCCGUCCCGCCCUCGAACGCUUCGUCGGUAGCGCCCAGCCUUAAACCUCAUCCGAGUUCGAGCUCAAGUGGGGCCUUCCCAAAACCAAGCUCCAGUAUUCCCGCGAACAACCCUUUGGUCACCCAACUUCUUCAAGGCAAGAACGUCCCUCUGGAGCAAAUCCUGCCGAAGCCUCUCACCAAAGCAGAGAUGAAAACUCUCCCGUCAGCUGCUCAUGAGGAAAAAGGGGCAGCAGCAGCGGCGGCAUCCAGUGCUACAGGCGUAGCAGGGAACGGCCCUGCAGCCGAGGGUGGUGAAAGACAAUCGAGUUUGCACACACAACAGCUUGGGAAGAUCUUUUGCCAGAACAGGCCUCUGCCUCACAUUCCAAGGACCUUUCCCCUCCCCUCGGGAAAGGACCCCAGUCUUGACCAGCACCAGUGCCACGAGGCGCUCAGCAAAACCACCCAAGAGCAGAUCCUUCAGACUCUCAUCAAGAGGGUCCAGAGGCAGAAUUUGUUGCCAGUCCUUCAGCCUUCGCAACUGAACCUCACUCACUCAGGUUUCCAGUUAGAAAACAGCUCCACCAGCCAGAGGUUUAUGCUGGGUUUCAUGGGCAGAAGGACAUCCAAGCCUGCUAUGUCUGGUCAUUAUCUGCUCAACAUUUCCACCUAUGGUCGUGGUUCAGAGAGUUUGAGGAGAGGCUUCUCCUUGAACCCUGAAACACGCUUGUGUCUGAACAGUCCUGCUGAUGCUCCAAAACCAGAAUUUGGGGAGUGUGAGGAGACAGGUGGCCCCGGCAGCAGCAGCGAUGAAGGAGAUGCGGACGACGAGAGCACUGGUGACGAACAUGAAUGUAUCAGUGUAAAAGAGGAGCCUCAGGCUUCGCAGGUCUCUGGUCAGUGUGAAAAAGAUCAAGUAUUGCACAGCAUAAAUUCUUCGGAUUACAGCAACCUUGCUAAAAGGGGUGUCAAGACGGAAGCGGCCGCGUCUCAGCGCGCAGCGGGCAGCAAGGAGAGCGCCCAGGCGUUCGACGGAACUACGUUAGCACGAGAUUUCAUUCAAGCCGCUCAAGAGCAAAUGGCACACGCAAUGAGGGGGAAGACGCACGGCAAUCCGGAGCUUUUCAGUACUCCUGGGCCGCCCUCGGACUCUGCGCAGCAGCAGCCUCCGCUGCUCUCCCCGGUGCACCCUCCAAAGCUGUCCGGCAGUGCUGCAGCGCAGCUCAUCGGGCCCAGUUACAGUGGCACAAUAAACGUCUCCACCUCCCCGGACGUGAACCAAGGGUCUCUGAUGACUGGGCUCUCUGAAUGCAAUCAGUUGUCCAGUAGCAUGGGGAACGUCAUGUCCUUUUCCGUGACUGUAACCACCAUUCCCACCAGCCAAGCUAUCAGCUCUGGCAACCACGCUCCGACCAUCCCCGUUCAAGCCUUCGCUGAAGACCACAGCAUGGAGGAUUCCCCUUCCAAAUGUUACUGCAGGUUGAAAGCCAUGAUCAUGUGCAAGGGCUGCGGUGCCUUCUGCCAUGACGAUUGCAUUGGCCCCUCUAAGCUCUGUGUCUCCUGCCUCGUUGUGCGGUAA